GAAGCGCAUCGUCCAGCUGGACCUCGCGGGGCUCCUCGCGGGCACCAAGUACCGCGGCGAGUUCGAGGAGCGCCUGAAGAACGUCAUCAAAGAGGUGCUCGACUCGAACAAGGAGGUGAUCCUUAUGAUCGACGAGAUCCACACACUCGUCGGGGCUGGCGGCACCGGAG